GUUGAUAAAGUUGAUUGGUGCCGAGCUCUACUAACCAUCCGACCCGCGAGUAUUCGUGCAGAACUUGACAUAGGCAACGCUUCUUCCGCCGCUGAGGCAGCUAUCGCUGCCACAACUCGUACAGCCGGAGGUCGAACCACAAAUAUCGCAACCUCCCCAAACUCUCCUCAAAGUCUUCUCCUUGAGCCCAUAAUCGCAGCAGUCACUGCACGUAUCGCCCGUGCUCUUUCUGCAUCCGAGAAAUUCUCUGCCACUGGUUAUGAUUCGGAGAAAUCGAUGGUUAGUUGGGAUUCAGGAUAUGGAGACGCACCGAACUCAACUCAAGCUUUAUGGAACUCUCCGGAACUCAUUCAACGUAUAGUUGUGGAAGAUGGUAUUCUCCCUUCGUCUGUGUUUCCUGCUGUGUGGCAGAGACUGGAAUCUGUCGAGGUUUUUACGCUCAAUUUGGCUAGCCUUUACUGCGGAUCGGUGGUUAGUAUAAUGACUUCAAUCACCCAAAUCACUGCAGCAGCAAAACGAUCUCUAAUCAAUCAACUCCCUCCACAUUCUUCUGCCACUUUACCCGUUGGUCACCGUUCCUCAAAUUCUGCAUCCACUCCUUCACAUCCCCUCUCCAAUCUCCAAGGGGUUGUGAUUUUUGCACCCCGUUUAGACCAACUCCUUAACCGACUCUCCUCCAUUCAAUCCCAGUACCUCAUCGAGCGGCUUCUUGGAGUCCUUGCCACGAACAUCACCUCUGGGGUCAAUUUCGGUAGACGUCUAGUGUUUGUCGCCACUGUGAAGAGUCUUCCGCCCACUGCAAUAGCUUUGCCACCUCCCCCCUCAGAUGAGCUGGUUAGGCCCAUUUUGCCGACUUUGUCUCCACAAAAAGCUCCAAAUGCCGUAGUUUCUGUCAGGGUACCCAACAACACCAUUCCAUCUUCUAUUCAUAAUCAACGACCUCUUGUCAAUAGCAAUAGUAACAACAAUCCUAUGUAUUUCAACAACUCAAAUUCACAAGAACACUCUGUUAUACUUAACGGUCACGCUUCUCCGAAAACCGUGUCUAUGCUUCGCGAACAACAAUCACCACCACUACCAGGUAGCAGUGGCUAUCUCAAUAACAACGUUGUCACCACCACUACCACCAACCUUGGUCUUCGAGAAUUUUCUGAAUCGAACUUCAUCCUAGAAAGCGGUGACAUCUCUGUCACGUCCAUCCACUGUGACGUGGAAGCUCAAACUGAUCAUCUUCCGCUUGUUCCAUCCACUGCUAUUGCUGCUUCUAGUGGAAUAACAGUCGACAGCCUCCUUCGACGAAUCCUACGUUUCCCAUAUGUGGAGAAGAUAUCACUGAGUCCUCCUGUUUGUUCGCUUCGAAGGAAAUACCUACAGUCUGCUCUCCUGGACUGGCUAGAUGGAGUAUCACGUGAAUCAACAGGUUUUGAUCUGGAUGCGGCUGCGAAACGUCUGCCUAGACCACCAUCACCCAAACCGGUUCAAGAUAUAGGCCAGAAUCCGGCCACUAUCGCCUCUAUUCUCGAUUUGCCUCGACAAGCACGAGUUGCAGUGGAGGAGGCCAAGGCUAUUUACAAUCGUGACCGUCUUCUACGACGCUUCCGUAUGGCCCUGCGCGAUUUCCUCAACAACAUUCGUCGUGAUCGGCGCUUCUCCACCUUCUUGCGUCCAGUUCCGAAAGAAGAUGCGCCAGACUAUAAUCGCAUCAUUCGACACCCAAUGAGUGUUACUCAUAUUCGCACCAAGAUUGACAAUGACGAGUACACGUCAGUCGAACCUUUUAAGAAUGAUUUGAAACUGAUUUGCACAAACGCGCUGGAAUGCAAUUCCCAAGAUGAGCGCGCCUACGAGUUCCAAGAUGCUGUAGACGAGGCUUUUGAUGAUAAUACCACACUCACUGAACUUGGCGAAGCCCUCGCUGAGGCUCUUUCUACUUGCCCUCUGCCUCCACGUCCUAGUUCUCAUGCUCAUGAAGCUGUGGGAAAUGGCGUUAUAGCCGUCGGCUACAUGUAA